GGACUUCAACCCCUACAUUCAGAUGGACCUGCUCGCACCAUAUGACGUCACGGGCGUGACAAUUCUAGGAAGGGCGGACGGACAGAAGUGGCCGUUAGCGUACACAUUCCUGUUUAGCACGGACGGUGUAAACUUCAGUCCGUUACUGGACACUAGAGAUGGCGGUGAAUGGAUGUCGUUCGACGGGAACACAAACCGAUACACACCGGUCACCAGCAAUUUCACCGCCGUGACUUCACGAUGGAUAAGAAUUUACCCUGUUGCAUCGAUGGGGCACAUCGCUCUGGGUGUUGACGUGUUGGGUUGCCAUGGAAACACGGUCAUAAGCACAACACAAGAAACCCGGGAUGUGCAGUCACAGAACAGUAAAUGGACCAUCAGCAACCUUCAGUGCGGUCUCGCAACUUCCGGUGUCUCAGUUCUGGCGCUCAUUUCACUGAUUAUGAUGAUCGCUCUCUGCAAGAAGUAUCGUAAGAACAAAGUCGGUGCACAGAACGGAACUGGUGUGCUUCUUUGAACGCCGUGCUACCAUAUCAAUGUCAUAUCAUUAAGAAAUAUAAUCAAGGUCAGCGCUGCACUAAAAAUUAGAAACAAGAGGUCCACCACGACAUUAUUCUAAAUUAUAGGACGCUAUACCUGUACUAUAGAAAAAAGUUUAGACCAAAACAAUAAAAUUGAUAACGUAUGUUUAGAAUUUGUUCCAUAAUUUUUGUAGCAUCUGCGAAGGAAUAGACAAAUUAUGUAUUUAACAAUAAC